AUGAGCGAUUCUAAAUCAUAUGUAAAUUUUUCGUGUCAGCGUUGUCUUCAACCCUUGAACCUUGACGAAUCACUAAAUAACCUAGGCGAGCAUACCAUUGCUGAUUUAACACUGCAAAUACGCAGGAAUAAUGAAGCUGACUUGGAUUUGCAAUCUGCGAGCUUGGAACACUAUGUUCCUCCAUUUCGGAUGACUGAAUCAGGCAAUGGUGCUAAUGGAUUCAUGGUGAUUUCUGAUGGUUGGGAAACAACAUCAUUAGGCCAUCAAUUGCAUGUGAAAGCUACAUUGUUUGAUCUGUUGUCAAAUAACUCCGAUGUAGAUCACCCACUUUGUGAUGAAUGUACAGACACUCUCCUAGAAUUGAUGGACAAUCAGUUACGCUUGACAGAAGCAGAAUGGAAAGACUACAAUGAUUAUUUAAAGAAGCUAGAGGAUGAUAAGGAAGAUUUAAAUUUAGAAGGGUUAGAGAAGGAAUUAGAAGAUUGGAAACAAGAGCAAGAUAGAUUAUUGCAGGAGCUAUCAGCCUUACAAAAAGAAGAAAGAGCUAUGAAAGAAGAAAUAGAAGUCCAAGAAAAGGAGAAAGAGAGGUUGGAAAAAGAACAAGACGUUUACUGGCGUGAAUACACAAAGUAUCGGAAAGACUUAAUGACUACAGAAGACCAAAUGAAGUUUUAUGAAUGCCAACUUUCAUAUACUCAGUCCCAGCUGGAGAAGUUAAAAAAGACAAAUGUGUUCAAAGCUACAUUCCAUAUAUCGGAUUCGGGUCAAUUUGGAAUUAUAAAUAACUUUAGAUUGGGUAGACUGCCUACAGCCCCCGUAGAUUGGUCUGAAAUCAAUGCGGCCUGGGGCCAAACUGUCUUACUCCUUUCUUCUUUAGCAAGAAAAAUUAAUUUCUGUUUUCAGCGCUAUCGUUUAGUUCCAUACGGUAAUCAUUCAUACAUAGAAGUGUUAGAGGAUCAAAAAGUGUUGCCAUUGUAUGGGUCAGGUGGAUUUCGUUUUUUGUGGGACACCAAAUUUGAUGCGGCUAUGGUAGCAUUUCUGGAUUGCUUACAACAAUUUAAGGAGCAAGUUGAGAAGGGCAACACUGGCUUUUGUUUACCAUAUAGAAUAGAUAAGGGAAAAAUUGAGGAUACUGCAUCUCCGCCACAUGCUUAUUCUAUCAAAAUUCAAUUUAAUUCCGAGGAGCAUUGGACAAAAGCCCUAAAGUAUAUGUUAACAAAUCUAAAAUGGGCACUGACAUGGAUUUCAUCGCAGUUUAGUGAGGAUAAAGCUGAAGAACAAUAA